CUUGUGAUCCACCCACCUCAGCCUCCCAUAGUGCUGGGAUUACAGGCAUGAGCCACCGCACCCGGCCAGUGUUAAGAUUCUUAAACCAGUAAGUAGGGACGGAUGACUGAGCAUAGGAGAAAGACGGUGCUUAGAGGGACCUACUCCACAGAACACUUACAUUUGUGUUAAGCAGAGAAAACUGACACACAGCAAAGCAAAGUGAGCAUCCUUCAGGCCUGCUCUUGUACAUCUCUCAGGUGGAGCUUACCCUGACUCCCCAGGGAGCACUCUCAGUACCUCCCUCCUCUUACAUGGUCCUGCACACAGGGGACUGGGGUCAGCCAUUGACGUGUCUCUCCGCUGCUGGACUAGACACUGCCCAAGAACAUGCCUUGUUUUUUCCUGUGUGCCCAGCAUCCAGUCUGGUGCCUGGGUCACCCUGGGCAUGCAGGCACUGUUCAGUGAGUCAGUGAAGGUGACAGAUAAGGACUGGAGAAGGCAUAGAAGACAAGACUAGAUCUAGACCUCCAAACACAGACUAUCCAUGAGGAAGGAGGACCAGGGCACGGUCCUGGAAAGUGAACCAGCGGAAGUGAAGACACAAAGUCGAGACUGACCAUGGUGUGUUCAGGAGACAGUGCAGGAAAUGGCUUAAUGGAAGUCAGCAGAUGGAGCAUUUUUGAGCAGCCAGGAGAAAUCUAGAAAGAUGAGCAGGUAGGAAAAAGUAUAGAUGAUCUUAUAAUAAAAGGCUCUUUGGAAGUGCUACCAACUGGGAUGUAUCCAGGUAUAUGCAGAGAAAAGUGAUGUGUGCACUUGGAGCCAAGACUAGCAGGACCUGCAGGAUGGGGGACGGGGGUGGGGUAUGGGGGAUGGAGAGCUGAGGGCAGGAGAGUUAAGAAGGCCAAGAUCAGGGUGGGAACAGUGUGGAACUAAAGGGAAGAAAUCAAUAGGAGAAGGAACAGGAAGGAAAAACAAAAUGAAUAGGGCAUGGUGACGACUGAUAUGGGGGGGAUUAGACUGGGGAAUGAAUUAAGCAAGCCAUUGGCAGCACUUGUUGGAAGCCUUCAGUAUAAAAAUACUGAAAGACUCUACUAAGCUGGAGAUGGGUCUCUUGACCCCAAUGCAAAGCAAGUCCAGUCCUGCCUUUAACAUGGGGUGUCUUCUUUUGCUCCAAGCUCAGCUGGGGUAAGCACAGUAGCUGUGUUGCUGGGUUGAGUCCAGGCCGCCCUUGGGUCUCAGGCAUUACAUCGUGUUAGACCGCCGCCCAAGAAAGACCACUGAGUCCUCCUCCUCCAGACUACCAGAGACACUACCAAGUUUUUCAUGCACUAAGAGAGAAACCUUUGAAGACAUUAGAUGAAACUUUGUGAGGGAAGGAUAUGGUUUCAUGUUUUUAAAAUGUAGCUACUUAUUAUCAUGCACAGAGAAGACAGAGGUUCACAACAGCUGCUGGUCAAGGAAAACAUUAAACAACCAACUAACCUGGCAGAGUAACACCAGGAUUGAUAAGAGGUAGAUUUUAUUUUUAAGUGAUAAAAUAUACAGUGUAAAGUAGACAAUAUAUAGACCUUUUGUUUAUUUUCUCUUCUCUUCACCGUCCCCCCAACAAAAAUGACAUCUUGUGUUAUGAAUGCUAAAACUUCGCUCUGUGCACACUUGCAACAAAUAGCUCAUUCAAACCAAGACAGUCUUUUCAGACUACGCCAUGGACUGCAAACUGUAUGAGGGCCGUGAAGAUUACAAGCACUAACUCUUUCUGCAGACUUCAGUUAGGAUUGUGUACACGGACCCCAAGGGCAGGUUAUUUUCUCUACAUUUGGCUAUCAGCUUAGGAAUGGAAGCCAAUUACAAGAAAUGCUCAAGUCUCCUUUUCUUCCUGGCAUAGCUACCUCUGCAGUGAACCGAAGACCAUGCAAAGCUUAGGAUUUGGCCAAACCAAGGAAACAUCGUGGUCUUUUCACACUACGAUGAUAAUAUAAGGGGGAUCCAUUCUGAUGGUUGAGUUGAUAGGCAUUCCCAUGGCCUUGCCGGAAAGACAGAUUGCGUCUUCAGCUCUAAAUGAUUUCCGUUGUCGUGAACACUACCUCCAAGCAGAUAUCCUGCCCUGAGUGUUCCGAUGGGGUAUCCUCAAAUAAGACUGGGAAGUGGCAGGGAAAACAGACUCCUUUGAUAUAAGUCAUUUUGGGGGGAGGGGUGGAAAUCAAUGUCCUAGUUUUAGUUUCAGAUAAAUCCUGAAUCAAAUCAUGCUGUUUAGUAAAACAAAAAUAUAGAUUCAGCAUAAUCAGGAAGGCAACACACUCCCCAAGUACAUUCUAGUAUGUAUCUUUGUGUUUUCAUGCGAGUGAGAUUCCCAUUAAGUCUAAAAAAGGAAGACCACCUCUUCUGUGUCCUGCCAACUCCCGCCUCUGAUGGGCCCCAAACUAUCAGCUGAUUGUUGCUUCAUCACUAGGAAGCCUCCGGGGUCAGUGGGACACUUGCUAUCGUACCUAAAUGUACUCAUGAGCUAUGUUCAAAGCACAGCCCUCCUGUCUCACACUCUGUCACUGUCAUGAUGAUGGGAAAGGGGGAGGCAGGGAAAUUAGUUCCUUUUACCAAUCUCACAGGCGAUUUUGGUGAAUCGUUGGAACCAACUGUACUGAACUCCUUUUGGCCAUUAUUAGCUGGCACAGCUAACUGCUGCAAAUAAAAUUUUUUUUUUUACAUUGACAUAAUGUCUCAUUUCAACAAGGCAUAUUUUCCAGUUGAUUUUCACCAACAUCAUAAAAUUUUGGUAAUUCAUUUCUGCUAAUGUAGAUUCCAUUUAGACAGGAUGAGCAAAGGUUAACAUCAGCAUAAGCUGAAAAUCAAAGAACUGGGUAGUGAAACAUAAAUGAAAAGUCUGGACCAUUUAAGAGGGCCAUUCUCUGGAUCUUUUAAAACAUGAGCACCAAACCCCAAGCAUCCAUGCUUCCCCUCCUUUGUUCUCACUGCCUUGAAGCAGGCCAGUGUGAGCCUGUGUGGUUUACAUUGAAACCUAUGAAGCAACAGACCAUAGGUUUUUUUGUUGGUUGAGUGUGUUUUCUAAAAUCACAGAUAUGCAUGAGUGGGGGACUGCACCUAAGAUAGGUUUUCUUCUGCCUCGAUGCCUACAUUUAAGCUCCAUGAGUGCCCCUUUUCCCUGCUUUGGACUGGGUGGUCAUCAGUUCUUAAUGGCAGAGGUUUCACUGCAAUAUUCUACACAUCGAGGGAACGGGGCAUCCAUCUCCGUGUUUCCUCCAAGGAGCCACAGUUCUGCAAGAAACAGUUCCUCCCACAUUGCUCACUCACACAAGGGUGUCUGAAUUCAUCUAGUCACCCCUUUUCGGUCCUUCUCAUCAGUGACCUCUGAAGAAGACAACAAAUAUAGGGAAAGAGUAACAUUUCACUAUAUAAAGAAAAUUAAACCAGAUAAUGAAUCUAAGACACAGUCCGCCAUCUAUGGCAGCUGGCUUUGCCCCCAAGGAAAGGAGGACUUCCAGUUCUGAAGACUCAAUUGGCACCUAUGAAACAGGUCUCUAAGCUAACUAUUUCAUAACACAAGUGACUUCAUUUAGUGAGCGAGCUUCUGUUUCACCUCCCCUUCCCACUGGGAAGCCGGUGGUGAAGAAUGGGAUUUCAUUUUCACCACUGUCCCAUUCUGAGUAGCCUCAUGUUCAGGCGCCCCCUCAGCAUAUGGAAGAAAAUGCUGAUCCAGUUCAUCUUGAAUCCCAGCCAGCAUCUUUGACUCCAAGGUGUCUGAACAGUGAGAAAGCCACUAGAAAAACCUAUAAUUUCAUACAGUCCCUUGCGGCACUCAUCAGACUGCUUGCCUAGCUAUCUUGCUAUAUGCGGGGACUGCUGGGCCCUGGGAGGUGUCUCAGUCAGACUGGCAGCUGAUUGCAUCCUCCCCUGCAAAUCCCAUCACAGGGUCAAACUGCAAACCUGCACGGACAUUUUAAGAAUGGACAGAAUCCAAUGGAGAGUUUGUCUUGUCAGCUGAUGGAACCCCACAAAGUUGCCUUCAGACUAUUGAAUCCAUUUUAUUUCUAAUUAAAACAGAUGCUGACUUCCUUCCUUACAGUGCGUUUGCUCAAAUAUUGACGUAUCUUCUGCUAAACACUUAACUAUACAUAGCUAAAUACAUACGCAGGCACGUAUAUACCUAUGCAUAUAUACACACAUACACACACUUGAAAUUCAUUUUCGUUCUUUAUCGGGGCUCCCUCAAAACAAUCAAAGAUGACCUUUGGCAAAUGACUUAUACCCCCAUCUCAUCAUUUCUGGGUUUUUCUUAUUCUGAUACGAGUGGUUAUACCUUCCAGAGGCCUGCUUCAGGUGUGGAUUGGAUUUUACCUUGUGUUAUUUCCAUGGGCAAAACCAGAACGAUGCUGUAUCUCCCUCCAUUCUCCCCAAAUUGGAAAACAGAAGGAAAAAUAAAUCUCUCCGAAUGUGUUCUCUUAAUACCACAACGAUGACCGUUUUUGUUCAUUUUUUUCCAGUAUAAUUUGUAGACUGCUUUGUUUCACCUAACAUUAUUUCGUAAGUGUUUUUCUAUGAUACUAAAUAAUCCCUAUAAUUAUCCUUUUAAUGGCCACCCAGAGUGAAUGUAAACCAUAAUUUACUUAACUGUUUACCUAUUGUUAGCCAUUUAGUUGCUUCCAUUUUUCACUUAUUUAAGUUGGAAUGCACAUUUUCAUAUCAGCCAUUAAUUUAAAGCAGCAUGCAGAGAUGGCUCUCCAUCACUAAUCUAAAAAUGCAGGGUUUAUAUAUUUACAACUCACAUUUGAUUAUGAAAUUUAAUUUGAGGGUAAUUAGGACAUUUAUAUUCCAAACAGCUCCUCGACAUCUAGCUCUCUCGAGCCAAACAGGCACAACCAUGACUAGCCAUUUUCACCUCAAGACAGCACAGUCCAAUGAGUUCUAAAACACAAUUUUCUUAUGAAAAAUAAACUUUAUGAACUCCUACUGCUUUAGAGCCAAGAGAUUACCUCCCUGAACCAGAGUCCGUGGUUCUCUAGGGUGACCCAGCCGAGGCAAGCCAUCGUGAAGAAUGCUAUUGUGGCUUCAUGCUCAGUCCAGAAUUCAAGGCAACCCUCGCUCAGUGCUCCCACACCUGCUAUGUUACUGGAACUACCUGGAUGUCCUUGCCUAACCGGCACCCAGAUACACUGUGGGAACAAGAUAAGGACAUUGCUCAGAUGCGUUUCAGUUGUUUGAUGCUUUUAAAGUUUAUCAUGGAUCACUUCAAGUUACAGAGUUUCUUGAGCAAGAGUAGUGGGUUAGGGCAUGUGAUUCAAACGGAUUCAGCCGUUUCAAUGGGUGUGGCCUACUAGUCAUGCGACUCUGAGCAAGAUGCAAAAAAACAAAACAAAACAAAAUCGUGUGCCUCAGUUUCUCAAUCUGCAGUAUGAGGAUAUGAAUAGUGGCUGCCUUGUAAGGAUAUGAUGAGGAUCAAAUCUAGAAAACGCAACUGCUAUGCAUAGGGGAAUGCUGACAUUUGAUUAGCACAUAGGAGCACUUAACUACAUGCUUACUGAAUGUUAACGCUACACUGUAACGUAUGUACAUUCACUUGCUGAAUAAACGCAUGAAAGCAUGAUGAAUGGAGUAGUGUGGGAGAAGGUUCCACUUGUCUUAGGGACAGUCCUCUGUAGAAUGCCCCAUUUCCUUUCAUAACAAAAUCAUUUUCUUAAUGGUAAUCACUGUAAGCCUUACCCUCCACCCCCAAUAAAGAGCAAAUGAACACCCUGAAAAGAUGUGGCCACCUUAGUAAUUCCUAAUGUCCAGAAAUUCAGUUUUAAAGCUUUAGAAAAUGUCAUCCAGCCAUCAGAAAGAACUCAUAGCCUCAUUUGAAGCCAAAAUAAACCAGCCGCAAAAAUUCCUUGGUGUUUUCCCUAUCAGGGAAUAAGAACAACUCAAUUACUAUUCCUGUUUGUUUUUUUUUUUUAAGUCAGCAAUAACAAACUAAACGGAUUAAAAAUCCGAAGUAUUACCAUCAUUUUUUUUUUACUAACAACAAGAUGAUUUUUAUGUACUAGCAACUCUCUAUAAAACAGAGAAGAGCUUAGAAUUUUUUAUUAUUAUUUGGCCACUGGCAAUUAAUUCUUCUGAUGUGUUGUAUUAGUUUGAUGGUUGGGUCCAAGACCUAGAAUAUUUCUUACCCCAGCCAACGGAUGCCAGAAAAUUAUUUCAGUGCAGUCCCUAGCAAAUGGUGAUGAUGAAUAGCAUGGCAGGACAAACGUAUUCAGACACACAUUUUUCAGAGGUAGCAGGGAAAAUGCUGAAAAAUUACUAGUAAAUUGCUUUUUGUAAAAAUGCUCUCUCUUUCAAAUUUCCCCUAGUGUGAAGGUCUUCUGCAGAAUGAUGGCACAAGGCAUUCUGACAUACCUGGACAACAAAGGCAGUUAAAGAAUGAAUAGGAGAUCAGAGUGAAGGUUAAGAUUUAAUUUUCUUAUUCCACCCUCACUGCCACCCAUACUGUCCCCCACACCAAGCUGUCUUCUGUGCAUCUGUUUAACCCACUGGGAUAAGAAUCUCUAAAAGCCACCGAUGCGUUCUCCUGAGUAGGCACGCCUUGUCCCUCCUUCCACCUAUCAUCUAGCCAUCCCAAACAGAGUCAAGAUAUUGGUGCAUCUCCAGUCUGUUUCUUGCCUUUUCUCUCUUCUCUAAAACUGCCCAGUUUUUCCAGUUUCAAAUUGCAGCAAUCUCCAAAUAUCUCCAGCACCUAGUAAAGUACCAAGGACUUCCUUUGCUGUCUACGCAAGCCUCGCCUUUCAGGACACACGAUAGGAUAAUCGAACAGGAGCCCGAGGCAUCCAGAGGUGCAAGGGCUAAUACAGUAGUUCUCUGCCAGGCAAGACUCUGCUCCCAGGCUCAUUUGGUAAUGUCUGGAGACAUUUCUAGUUGUCACACUGGGAGGGAACGGUGCUACUUCUUCAGUGGGGAGAAGCCAGGGACCGCUGACCACCCUGCACUGCACAGGACAGCCCCUCCAAAGCAAAUGAUCCGUCCUGAAAUACCAGUAGUGCCAGGAUUUGGAAACUCUGGUCCCAUCUAAAUCAAAUGCUACAGAGAUUGUUUUUUUGUUGUUCUUACACAUGAUUACGUGUUAGUUGUUCAUGGCAUAAUGUUUGAAGAAUGUGAUUCCUUCACUCUGUCAUUCAGUGAACAGCAGUGGAGGCCAGCAAGGUGACAGGACCAGGCUGACCUGAGACACAGAGGUCAGUUUAACAGAGGGUCAGUCAUGUCACUUACUUUCAGAUGGGGGCUGUGAAGUUGUCUCUUAUUCCCCUUUACGGAAUCACCAUGCACCUCGGCCUGUCAUGCUAACUCAGUAAGGGCUAAGGAUGUGGGGAGGGGUCAUGCCUCUGUCUGUUGGACAGCUGGGUCUAUGAGGAACAGCAUGGAUUCAGAGGUCACUAAAGCAGGGUCCUGCUCCUGCCUGCGCUACUUAUUUGCUGUGUGACACUGAAAAGUGACACAACAUCUCUGAACCCUAGUAUCCUCUUUGAAAUGGGAAGUGUAGCCUUGACCUUCAGGAACAUUUGUAAGCAAGGUAUUCUGUAUGUGGACGAGCAGAGUAUCUGGCUCUCGAACCACCUCACUCCAGAAGCAGUGGCCAUGCCGUGCGUGUCAUAGUUCUUGCGGCAUUUUCCAAUGAGUGCUGCCACAGGUCUCUGGGCUGGUUUUUCAGACUCCCCCAGGACAGAACACAAGGUCUGUCAGCAGCCGGGCUGGGGGCAAUGUGGACGAAGCCUGUUUCUGUGCAGCUCUCAUGGGCCCAGGUCCAUGAUCUUGCCUCUCUGAGCACUCGGCUCCAGCCACUCGGGCCCUGUACACCCUCCGUGCCUUCCCUUUGACUGUUUUCUUCUCAAACACAAAGGGGUAAAAGGCAAAGCCUCACUCACAAACAACAUACUUAACUCUGUUUUCUUGCUUUAAGUGCAACCAUCAAAUAAGUUCUUCCAUGUGCAAUAAACAGCUGUGAAUCUGCCUAAUAAAGUGAAGCCAUUUUACCCCACUGGUAUUCCCCGAGAGGAGUCAUUGGCCACCUGCAUCUUUUUAGCUGCAUUUAAUAAUUCAGCCCAGGAUGAAUUUGCAUGAUUAACAUAAAGCCUCAUGGUUUUAUUUGCUUUCAGAAUUUAAGUACUGAAACAACCACCAUUGUUUUCAUUUUUGGAGGUUGUGAUCAAAACACAAAACUUGAUUCUAGAAUGAAUAAUUUCUUUUUUUUUUUUUUUUAAGAAUUAUUUUCCAGUACCACUCUCCAUGGAAUCAAAAGAGUUGCAAACACGGCCUUUGUAGAUGCAGGGAAACCCACAUUCUUUUUAGGGCUGGUGUUAACCCAUGAGAAGCAACCAUUCCCUCGACGACUUCUCCUUUAUGGUUCCUACCCAGGAGCAUGGCCAACUCUCCCACGGAAUCCAUAAUGGCUCACGCAAAUAGAUUUCUUUCCGUUCCUCCUCGGAGGGCUCUCCACAUUUAUCUGCUCAAGACGUAGCAGCUCCAGUAAGUCUUUAAAACAGCAGCUCUCCCAGAUUCCAGCAAUAGAUUAAUGACGUCAUCCUCAAAAAAUAGUCAAAACGCAAACCAAAUAAGUAGCACUUGGUAAACCAUCUGCCUAAGAAGGGGAGUCACGCGUGUGAAAAGAUAAUUUGCAAAGCAGAAGAGGCAGCAUCAUUGGGUUUCUUGAUGAAUGUAGUAAAACAGGUUUGUCUAAUGGGGAAGCAUGCAUUACUAUCAAAAGAAAAAGCGAGUGUAUCCCACCUGGAAAAGCAAGCAGGUUUUAAUAUCUGAGAAGCAUUUCAAGCUGUGCUGCCAGCGACCCUCAGCCCGUGUGAUUUUCCUUAACAUAAAGGCCGACCUCACCUGCUUAAACAUAAUUAGGAAACAGGCAGUCGUCGCGGUGGCUAAAAGUUUGUGCGGCCGGUGCUUGCGUGUGUAUUUCUGUCCCCCUGACGCCUCUGUUGCUGUUUCUGAAUGCAGGAACCAUGGUCAGUAAGGACACCGGCAAAUGCAUACUCACAACGUCGGAGAGUGAAGUGGAAUCCGCCGCCUGUCUGGCCCUGGAGAUGAAAUACGCCCUGGACCCCAACCGGCAGAUUAAAAAACGGAACAAAGCCCUGCAGGUGCGGUUUAAGGAUAUCUGCGAAGCGCAGAAUGAGCAGAGGGACACGCAGCUGUCCUCGGGCCAGCUGGGGGAGAAGCGGGAGGCCAAGCCCGUGUCCUGCAGAGCCGCCUACCGCAAAUACAUGACAGUGCCCGCACGCAGGUCCAUCCCCAACGUCACCAAGAGCACAGGCGUGCAGACCUCGCCCGACCUUAAGAAGUGUUACCAGACGUUCCCUCUGGACCGCAAAAAGGGGAACCUCAAAAGCCUCCCAGCUGCAGAUUCCUUUAAAAGCCAAAACAAUGGGUUUCUAACAGAUGCUAAAGAGAAGAACGAGGCUGGACCCAUGGAGGCGGCCCGGCCAUGUGGCGCAGGGCGGGUGUACAAGACCACAGCCUUGGUUUUCCAUUCUAAUGAACACAUGAACGCAGCAGACCAGCCUUUGGGGGUCAACUGCGCAGAACCCUGUAAAAGCCCGGAACUGCUCAGCUAUGGAGAAGCUGGGCUCCAAAACUCCGCUCGGCCCCCCUCCGAAGAGCCCGAUUACCAGCUGCUCGGGAGGGCCAAGCAGGACCGGGACAGGCCAAACUCCGAGGAGCCCGCUCCGCCUGCCCUCGGUAGGGUGUUUAAAACAGAGGUUGCCACCGUUUACGCACCUGCCCUCAGUGCCAGGGCCCCCGAGCCUGGUUUGUCAAACUCUGCGGCCGUCAGCCAGUGGUCACUCUGCCCAGCAGACGAGGAGCGGAGGAGAGCCACACAUCUCAACGGGCUCCAGGCGCCCUCGGAAACUGCCCUGGCCUGCUCACCCCCGAUGCAGUGCCUGUCGCCUGAAUGUAGUGAGCAGCCCUCGCAGACUCACACCCCGCCGGGGCUGGGGAACCAGCCUAGUCCCACAGCGGUUGCUGCGGGUGAAGAAUGCCAACAAAUCGUGCCUCAUACAGAAGUGGUCGACCUCAAAGCACAACUUCAGAUGAUGGAGAACUUGAUCAGUUCAAGCCAAGAAACCAUCAAAGUGCUCUUGGGGGUCAUUCAGGAGUUGGAAAAAGGAGAGGCCCAUCGGGAAGGGCUUUCAUAUCGGACGGGGCAAGACACAGCUAAUUGUGACACAUGCAGGAACAGUGCAUGUAUUAUCUAUAGUGUGGAGCUGGAUUUUAAGCAGCAAGAAGACAAACUCCAGCCAGUUCUGAGAAAACUCCACCCUAUUGAGGAAACUCAGGUCAUACCUUCGCCUUACUCUCAGGAGACUUACUCCUCAACUCCCAAGCAAAAAUCCAAAACUGAAUCUAAAAAGCACGGAAGAUGGAAACUCUGGUUCCUUUAACACUCAUGGUGUCUGGAGUCUCGAGGCCGUCUUUAGAACCCACUGGAGUUUAAGUCAACACUUUUCCAAAAUGAAUGGGAUCGAGGGAACUGUGGUGCCCAUUCAGGCACCUCCCACUUCUCGCCCUGCGUACCAAAAAGGCCUUUGUACCAACAGAUAAUUAACAGAAUCAAGGUAUUCCGUGUCACUCCUUGCCAGCUGUUCUUUGCAGUUCACUGAUGUGGGAUGUGAAAUCUGAAAUGAAACUUACAUAGUCAAAGAUGAUAAGUAAAAAUUUUCCCCCCACCCCCGAUCUGCAAGUAAUACAUUAUCAACCUGCAAGAUGGCAGGUUGUCACCCUGUACACAGCUAUAACUCAUAAUUAUUUUCAAGCCUUGAUUUUCUUUUUAAUAAUGAGAAGAAAAAGCAAGCCUUAUGUUUGCGAAGGACUUCAUUUUUAUGUUUCAUUUUGCAAAUAAGCAGGGGGUGAGUGCAAUUUUCAGCACAUCAAAUUCCGGAGAAAGCACAAUUUUUUCAAGUGGUCGGAGACCAUGAAUAAUCUCUAAAAUGUGACUAUAUGUAUAUUUGCCUUCAUGUGCUAUAGCGCUAAGCCAAGUGACCACAUCUCAGUGUCACAUUGACACCUCAAAGUUAGCAUCCUCUUCAUCUCCAGACUUAUGACAUGUUUACUGCUCAUUUUCCAAAUGGCCAGCAGCCAGGAGUCCCCCCAAAGUCAGGAUAUGCCUUUAAUCGCUACAAGUAGACAGGGUCAGAGCUAUCAGACACUAAGCUUUCUUAGAUCUCAUUUUUAAUCUUUUGGUACCCAAAGGCCAACUGAUACAUUCUGGCAAGAAUCUGAGAACACACAUAGAGAUACAAGAUGGAUAAUCCAACCACCAAUGAAUCACAGGCAUUCUGUGCCAUGGCAGACAGUGUUUUUGUGGAUCAAUCCUCUGAGAAAACUGUUAGCCAUGGUAAGUGCAGCCAGACAUGAUAUACAAUUCGUUAUGCUUUGUAUUAACAGUGGAAGACCUGACCAUCUCAAAGAGAAAUAGUAUGUUUAGUUUAGCUGCUACCAAGGGACAACAUCGCCUACAUUUAACCUAUUAGUAAGUUGUACUAAACAACAUACUUAGGGGAAAGCUGUGAAUCAAAUGUUUUUAGAUAUUUUUUAAAUCAACAGUAACACUUAGAGUUCUCUCUUGAUUACACAUUGCAAUGUAAAUCUUAGUUCCUUUAUUUUUUCACUCAUUUCUUUGCACCUUGCAAGUAUCUUUUUAUAGAAAUCAAAUCCCCUAGUCUAUUAAUGCCUUUGUCUAUCAAUUUUUUUGAUUUUCACAAUAGGAAGUAGGGAUCUUACUUUGCCUUUUUUUGGUACAACUUAAAUUUUGAAUAGUUUGUGAGCAUACAGGAAAACCUAGUCUUGAAGUUUCAGUCCAGCAGUUUCACAUCUAGCAGAGUGCUGACAUGCACACCUCAUUGAUUAGAUGCCAAACACACAGUGGCUGACCUUGGUAAAAGGAUCGCACCUGCUUUUAUCAGAUUGGAGCUACUUCUUGCCAUGUAUUUUCCUCCUGACUCAAUAGCAAAUCUGUUUUAGUUCUAAGUGUUUUGAUUCUACAAGGACCUAGUGAUCAGUAAUCAGAUCGGACCUUGAAAAAAAAUGAAGAGUAUAUCGUGUAAACAUUCUUUGGGGGCCACUCAAACAAUACCGCAGUUGUAUGCUUUAAUUUAAAACACACACGUGCACACACACAUCUUUUGCGGAAACACUAUAUGAGGUUCGAAUCCCUGAAUAUCAGUAAAAGGAAAUCAGAAAUAUUUUUGUGCAAGAACAAUGAGGAAGUUGAUCCUAUAACAUGAAGGAAGUGUAAUUGUUUCAUGUAAACAUUUAAAAAUGGGUUUCAUGUUUUUUAUACUGUUUUUAACUAAAGUUAUAAAAAUGUUUCCAACAAGUUCUCUGUCCUUAUGUUUUAAGAAUCCCAACUAUCUCAGUAAAUUGAAAUAAGGGUAUUAGCAGUUUUCUAAUCAGUAAUACAAAUCUGUCUAAACAAGAGGACAUCCUAGUACACAAAAUAACGUCACUGUUUCACACCAGUCUAGACUAAAAAGAAAAAAAAAAUUAAAAUGUUCAGAGUCAAAAAGGAACUUCUGAAGACAAACUAAUUCCUCCCUAAAAAUUAAAGUAUGUUUAAAACGGAAAAAACUAUUGUCAAAAUCAUUUCAUAGUUUAAUUGCAACUCGUCACUAACAGAUGGUGAUUCUUCUCUUGGAAAGAUUCAAGUAAAAACUCUGAUACAAAAGCAAGGUAAAACGCACAGGGUUCCCUUAUGUAGAUGUACACAUGGCAUUGCAUAUAGAGAUUAAAUUAUUAUACUUGUCAUUAAGUUCUUUAUUAAUUUUUAAAUAAAAAAAUCAAAGAUG